CUGCUAGCUGAGGACUGACGACGGAAGGAAGAGAGACAGAUAGAGAAACUGCGCGCGCACGAAAAGGAAGGAAGGGAAAGGCAAAGGAAGAGACGGAGGCGGAGUAUAUAGCCGUGGGUCAAACGCAGUUAAAGGGAGCAAGUUAGACGGAGACGCAGCGAACCUAGAGAAGAGGUGUAUGUACAUCAGUGUACGUGUGCUGUGCGAGGGCAGCGCGAGUAUCAACCAGCUGGUUGGCAAGGGAGCCGCGAGGCCUCGAUCAGUCGCCAGUGACUGUGAGACGCAGUGAGACGCAGUGAGACGCAGUGAGACGCGGCACCUCGCGCGAGCGCGUGUGUUAUUUGUUCGUGCGCGCUCGCGUAUCCCAGUAUUCCUAGUGCGGAUUUCUCCACUCGUGUGCCCGCCGCUUACUGUUGUCUCCUUCUUUCUCUCCCUCGUUCCGUCGUCAUCACUGCACGUACAUUCAUUCGUUCGUUCGUUCGUUCAUUCGUCUGGAAGUGUGUAACGUCGUGCCUAUCCGAUCUGCUCGCGCCUGGCACCUCAUUCUCGGACACGACUCUUGUCCCCAUAAAGCGAACAUCGUCUGCUCUGCCGCCUCCAGCCGCAGCGCAUCGCUCCAUCGCCAAUCGUUCAUCCCGUUCGCGCGCGGUCCUUCGUACUAUUUUUUCUCUCUUUCUCUUUCCUCGUCUUUGCUAACGAGUUCCCCUCCUCCAAUCAGGAGGCAACAAGAGAGAGGGUGCGAGUAUACGUGCGCGGUGCGCGUCCCGUGUAGUGUACAUCUAACAUCAUCCCGCUUUGAUUGUGUGUACCGUUGGUGCGCGCCGUUUAUUCCGUAAUCUCCAUUCUCCGUGGCCGUGCGUGUGAACUCGCGCGUGUGCGUGCGCGCGCGCGCGCGUGUGCGUGUGUGUGUGUGGCGUGUGCGGGAGGGGGGGGUUACGUGCGUGCAACGAGCGAACCAAGAUGGCCGCUGAUUCAGGAAUGGAGACGUGUCCCUCCCCGGAGAUUGCGGACUCCAGAAAGCGACCGCUCGACUGCGAUGCCGAGAACGGCGCGACCAAGAGAUCACACUACGGAUCAGGAGGAGAUGGAACGUAUCACCUCAAAGUGUUGGUUCCCGGUGUGGCAGCCGGGGCCAUUAUCGGGAAAGGUGGAGAUACAAUUGCUCAACUUCAAAAGGAUACAGGGGCAAGAGUGAAGAUGUCUAAAUCGCACGAUUUUUAUCCAGGAACUACUGAGAGAGUAUGCCUUAUCACAGGCACCGUAGAUGCUAUUAUGGAGGUCAUGGAGUUCAUCAUGGACAAAAUACGCGAGAAGCCUGAUCUUACUUCGAAAACUACGGUUGACUUUGACUCUGGUAAAGCCACCGCGGAGAGGGACAAGCAGGUUAAAAUUUUAGUGCCUAAUAGCACUGCAGGGAUGAUAAUAGGAAAAGCUGGGAAUUACAUUAAACAAAUUAAAGAAGAAUCUGGCUCGUACGUUCAAAUCAGUCAGAAGGCUAAGGACUUGUCCCUUCAGGAGCGAUGUAUAACGGUGAUUGGUGAGAAAGAAAAUAAUCAUAGGGCGUUACACAUGAUCUUAGCGAAAGUGGCGGAUGAUCCACAAAGUGGUACCUGCCUUAACGUUAGUUACGCAGAUGUAAGUGGUCCCGUUGCCAAUUACAAUCCUACAGGCAGCCCAUAUGCUCAAGCUCCCACAAGCACUCCCACGUAUACAUCUACAGCUGGUCUAAAUACAGUGAGUCUCUUAAAUGGCGCUGGUUUGAGUCUUAAUCUAAAUCUGGGCGCGGCUAUCACCGCUGGCACGGCGCCGGUGACGACGCAGCUGUUGGAACACAUAAAAUUGAAUCUACGUACGACAGGUUUCUCCGAGCCUGCUGCAACGGAGAUACUUGCUGCGAUCGCGACCCUCGCUAAGUACAAUAUCCUCGGAAUGGGGAUCGGGAUGCCGUCGAGUAUGAGCUAUUUGGGUAAUCCGAUGGACAGUACGACAACUGCUAACGGCUCGAACAACAACGGCGGUGUAUUCGGACCGAUCGGAACCGUUCCUGCGCUCGGGUCUACCUCGCCAACUCCGCGCAACACCCUCGAUCGGUACGAGCCAUUUGAUCCAUUCCGACAGAACAACACCGCCGCCAGUGCAAUACACCUGAACAACAAUUCAUUCGGCCUGGGCACUAACCAGUUAUCACUUGUAAGUAAGAGUCCUACACAGGUAGACGCCAACAACAAGGAGACCAAGAAAGUAGACAUAGAAAUUGCAGAGGUUAUAGUGGGAGCUAUUCUGGGACCCGGUGGUCGUGCCCUCAUUGAGAUUCAGCACUUAAGUGGCGCCAACAUACAAAUCUCUAAGAAGGGCAUGUUCGCCCCUGGUACCAGGAACCGCAUAGUGACUAUCACGGGUUAUCCCAAUGCAAUCAACACUGCUCAGUACUUGAUCGAGCAGAGGAUCAGUGAAGAGGAAGCAAAACGAGCGCGUCAGAAUGCCAUCGCCAAGGAACAGGAAGGCAAUUGUCGACAAACAAUAUUUGUAAGAAAACGCGCCGUUAUUAUAUCCAAUCCAUUAUUAAACGCAUUCCAUUAGUAUCAGAUUUAAUUUAGAAAUUUUUAUUUUUUAACGCGUUUUUCCUCAAUGAGAACUGUGUUGGUGCCCACCGUGUCGUUUCCCCUAUCCCCCAUCUCCUUUAUUGUAAGAUCUUGUUUACACUUCGCCGACGAGUAAAAUUAAAAGUAAUAUGAACUUAACAAUCCCAACUUCACUGAUAACUUUUCUAUGAAGACUUUUGAAGUGUGAUUGAAAAGAUCUGACAGUCAUCCAGAUAAUUUUAAUUAAUUACUU